AUGAAACAAGAACCUAUGGAAUUUGAUAUAGAUAAUUUGUUUAAAUGGGCCAUGAAGAAAAACUGGAAGGAAGUCCUGAAUGUAUGCAAGGACAACCCGUCUGCUUGUAUGGCUAAGCUAACUAAAUCAGAAGAUACAGCUUUGCACAUUGCUGUCUCAAGUUUCCAUGCAGAUCAAAUUGAUGCUAAUGGACAAGCAAAAGUUGUAAGCGAUCUGGUUGAAUCACUACCGCCGGAUCAGGCAGUGGAGAUACUUAAAGUGCAAAAUGACAAAGGAGACACACCUCUACAUCUAGCUGCAGCACUUGGAAGUGCCACAAUCUGCAGUUGUAUAGCCAGGAAGGAUCAUGUGCUCAUCAGUGAGCGCAAUCUGAAGGGUGAAACUCCAUUGUUCAUGGCAGCUCAUCAUGGCAAAAUGGAGGCUUUUCUACCGCUACAUAAGCUCUACAGCGAGAGGGCAGAAGAACCAGAUGAUCGACUGUAUAGAAGGAAUGAUGGGGAUACCAUUCUGCACUCGGCCAUAUCUGGAGAGUACUUCGCAUUGGCAUACCAGAUAAUUAGCUAUAACCACAAACUUGUUGGUUCGAUCAAUCAAGAAGGCUUUUCUCCUCUCCACAUCCUUGCCAGGAAACCAAAUGUAUUCGAGAGCAGCAGCAAUCUUCGUCUCUUUGAUCGGAUAAUCUAUCGCUGUGUACUUGUUCGUGAGCUAAAGAAGCAGAAAUUCAAGGAUAGUGGCAUUAACUAUCCAGAAAACUACCAGACAUGUAUGAAGUUCAUUCAUCUACCUUGGGCUGCAUUCAGGACAAUUACUGCUCUUGGAAAAGAUUGUGGCCACAGACAAGAACCAGGCAGCAUGGGAGAUGCAGAGAAUCCAAAAAAUGAAGAGGAGGAACACCAAGAAAAAGAGCUCAAAGAUGAACACCCGUUUCCAGAGAACUAUACCACCUGCAUUCAGUUGUUCAAAUUUGCAGUGAACGUUGUACUGGUUGUGUUGGGAAUUGGCAUUUGGAAAAUCAGUAAGAUUAGGGAGAAGAAAGAGAGGCACAAGUGGGCUGUUCAGAUAAUGGAUAAAUUGAUUGAGCUUGAAGCCAAUUACAAGUACAGUCACAAUGGAGGCAGACCUGUAGACAAUGUGGACCAGAUGUAUCCUGAAAGAAUUAAGCCUCCUUCUACACCGCCACCCGAACAUGAUACUUAUUCAAGUUCGGAAGAUAAUAUCCCUGGAAGCAAAUCCAAAGACAAGCAGGAACACGAAGAUGGGAGUAAACUAGAUGCCCAACCAAAGGAUGUUAGGGAGACACGAAUAGUAGCAGCAAACAUGGAUAUAAAAGAAACGGUGAAAAAAAUCCUGGAAACCUUUCCGGCGAUCAUUCAAGAUUUGGAUGCGAAUGCGAAGAAUGCCCUGCUCUUGACAGUUAACCUCGCUAAGAUGCAAGAUGCCACAACCAAGGAUGUUAAGAAGGAGACAUCAAUAUUACUUGCAGCAAAGAUGGGUAUAUCAGAAAUGGUGGAAAAAAUCCUGAAAACCUUUCCAGUGGCCAUUCAAGACUUGGAUGCAAAUGGGAAGAAUGCCCUGCUCUUGACCGUUGAGAACAGGCAAAUCAAGGUGUUUGAUUUAUUAAUGACAAUGAAACUCCCGGAAUUUGUCCUUUAUCAAGUUGACAAAGAAGGAAACAGUGCAAUGCAUCUCGCUGCAAAGUUUCAAGAACACCAACCUUGGCGAAUUCCAGGUGCUGCAUUGCAGAUGCAGUGGGAAAUCAAGUGGUUUAAGCAUGUCAAGCACUCCAUGCCGCCACAAUGUUUCAUCCAGUACAACAAGAAAGGUGAGACUGCAGGAAAAAUUUUCAUGAAGACACAUGAAAAACUAGUAGAAGAUGGAAGUAAGUGGAUGAUCAAAACCUCCGAAUCAUGCUCUCUGGUGGCAGCACUCAUUGCAACAGUGGCAUUUGCUACCUCAUCAACAAUUCCAGCUAUCCUUACCUCAAGAUGCCAGCAAAAGGACUUCAAAAAGAGUUUGCCAUGGAAGCUUUUAUUUGGAUUAAGCUCACUAUUCACCUCCAUAUCUGCAGUACUGGUCUCGUUCUGUGCAGGACAUUUCUUCAUGCUCAGCGAUCAAAUCCAUAGGGCAGCACUUCCCCUCUAUGCUGUAGCAUGUCUACCAAUAACCUUUUUUGCUUUUGCACAGCUACCAUUAUACUUCGAUCUGUUAUGGUCAAUCAUCCGAAAGGUUCCUGUUCGUAGCUACAAGGUAUACUACCACUAGUGUUUUCCUGGCUAAUCUCCUUAAAGUUUUUUUUCAGUUUUAAGGACAUAACUGUUACUUUUGGAGCUUGGGUUCUGUUUUUGCUCUGAUUAUUUUGGAGCAAUAGUUUCGUGUACAUUUUGUUUUUCAGUAUUUGAUGUGUUUGAUGUACUUGGAUAA